UUCUGACUUCGCUGUCCUUGCUCCUCAGUGGAGAAGUGGUUCAAAAGUGUGUCCACCGUGAGAGUUGAAGAUUUGAUCACAGCGCAAUACGCACGCUCAUACUAACGAUCCGAGGUGGCUACAAUAACUUAUCACAGAGUUUCUUCAUUCGAAAUUAUAGUGAAUGUUCGUGUUCAACAGCUUGUACAGUUUUAUUAUCUAUCUUGGAUAUUAAAAAAAGAAGACAAAUCGUUUCUUUAUCGACCAGCGUUAUGGAUGUUUCCAAAGGUGUCUUGGUUUUCACUCUAGUCUGCACGUUGCGACCUAUGCUGUCCAUUCAGAUAUGUGACAUCAUGCUGGAGAUGGACAAGGAGAGAGAGACGUGCAUGGCCCAGUUAGAAAACAUGACAACAGGUUGCAGUGGGACGUGGGACAAGGUGGCCUGCUGGCCCAGCGCCAAUACAGGACAGGUGGUCACCAUCCCCUGCCCUGUCUACUUCUUAUACUUGACCAACGACUUCAUCAUGGGUAACCUGUCGAAGACCUGCACCAGUGAUGGCUGGUCUGAGGUUAGCCCUGCUUCCUAUGCACUGAAUUGUGGGUACAAUGCCAACGUCACCAAAGUUGAUGAUGAUGACAUGGCGGAGUUCUACUGGGCAGUGAAAGUAGGCUACACUAUCGGACACAGUCUCUCUCUCAUCUCCCUCACUAUCGCUAUCGUCCUACUCUGCACUUUUAGGAAGUUGCACUGCACCAGAAACUACAUCCACAUGAACCUGUUUGUGGCGUUCAUACUGAAAGCCAUUGCCGUCUUCAUCAAAGAUGUGGUUUUAUACGAGGUCGCGGAGUCCGACUGUCAACCUGAAACUGUGGGAUGUAAGGCAGGGGUUGUCUUCUUCCAGUACGGCAUCAUGACCAGCUACUUCUGGCUAUUGGUCGAAGGCCUCUACGUCCACACCCUAUUGGCUGUCUCCUUCUUCUCCGAGAGGAAGUACUUCUGGUGGUAUAUUCUGAUUGGCUGGGGAGCGCCAACUGUUUUUAUCACAGCUUGGGUUAUUACAAAGGCUUAUUUAAAACACUCUGGGUGUUGGGACAUUAUUAACGACCAUCCCUGGUGGAUCAUCAAAAUGCCAAUAUUACUGACCAUACUGGUCAACUUCAUCCUGUUCAUCUGUAUAAUCCGGAUCCUGCGUCAGAAAAUGAAUUGCAGAGACAUAGGAAGGAAGGAAUCUCAUCAAUACUCGAGGUUGGCUAAAUCCACACUACUGUUGAUACCUCUGUUCGGAAUCAACUACAUCAUCUUUGCCUUCAUCCCUGAAGACAUCAACACGCGAAUCAGGAUGGUCAUUGACCUGAUUCUAGGAUCCUUCCAGGGGUUUGGGGUUGCAGUCCUGUAUUGUUUCCUAAAUGGAGAGGUGCAGGGGGAGGUGAAGCGUAAGUGGCGGCGAUGGCACAUGCAAAGGUUUCUGGGUAAAGGAGACACCAAAUACCAGCAGCCCCAGUAUCUGGGUAGCAACGGUAACAACUUCAGCACCCAGAUCACCAUGCUGACCAGGUGUAGCCCCACCACACGUCGAGCUUCCGACUGCCAGGAACACUUCUCUGCUAUCUGAGCCCAGCUCUGGGUGGUAACAGAGGGCAGAGAAGAGGAGGCAACAGAGAUGAGCUGCACUGAAGUGCUGUUUAGUAUUCAGUCAGCACAGUAGAGACCACCAGCCAACCACACACAACAACAGCAAUGAUAGGCUUAAAUCAGGAAAGCCGCAGACCAAUUUAACACAAUUUAUUUAGCUUGUUUUUUGUUUAAUUUCGGAAAUCAGUUCCCAAGUAUUCAUACAAAAAAAAUAAGAGAGACAUCGUGUCUCAAUAUAAUCAAGGUAUGAAAUUAUUGUUAUUUUCAAAAUGUCUUUUUGGGCUUAGUUGUGGUUGCAGUGUACACAUUUUUUACAUGGGGCAGCAGGUAGCCUAGCGGUUAGAGAGAAGCGAGCCAGCAACCAGAAGUUUGCCAAUUCGAAUCCCGGGUCUGACGUGAAAAAUCUGGCAAAAAGUGAGCUGGCAACUGGAGGGUUGCUGGUAUCAACACACUUAACCCCCCCCCCCCCACAACAACAGCUCCCCAGGCACUCAGUGUGGCAGCCUCGACACCUCCAAAACCUGUACACUGUAUGUAUAUACGUACGUAUGUAUGUGUGUCUUUCGGAGGGGUUGGGUUAAAAGCGGAAGUUACAUUUCGGUUAGACGUUGUCUGACCAAUUGACGAAUAAAGUGAUCUAAAGCUUCAUAACUAUGUUCCGGUCCUCCAACCGGCCGCAAUGACAAAAAUCAGCCCGUGGCUAAAUCUAGUCACCUAAUCCCUGGUCUACACUAUGUGUUAAAUCCAAAAAACCUUCCAGUUCAAAUCACCAUUGGAUAUAUCUCUGUGUGUAUUGAGUGUUGUGUUAGUCCGUGUGGCAGGGUUGAAGUCAAUUCCAUUUUAAUUCUAGUCAAUUCAGAAAGUAAAACCAAAUUCCAAAUUUUAAUCAUGGAAAACCAUUCAAGAGAAUUGGAAUUUCAGUGUACUUCCUGAAUUAGAAAUGGAAUUGACCCCAACUCUGCUGUGUGACUUGAGAUAAUCGUAACUUUACAUUGGUCUCAUAACCUAGCUACAGAAGCCUGAUCCCAGAUCUGUAACAUACUGUAUGUGCUUUAGCCAACUUCUUUGUCAUACAUGUUUGACAUGACAACAAAUGAACAUGAACAGAGAAGUUGGCUAACAGAAGAGCAACCGGUUAUGAGCUAUGACUAGGUAUUAGGCUAGGAGCUGGGUAACAGGCUAGGAGCUAAGACUAGGUAACAGGUUAGGAGCUAAGACUAGGUAACAGACUAGGAGCUAGAACUAGGUAACAGACUAGGAGCUAGGAGUAGGUAACAGACUAGGAGCUAGGACUAGGUAACAGGCUAGGAGCUAGAUAAAAGGCUAGGUGAUAGGACUAGGUAACAGGCUAGGAGCUAGGACUCAGUAACAUGUAGGAGCUAAGUAACAGGCUAGGAGCUAGGCAACAGGCUAGGAGCUAGGACUGGGUAACAGGCCAGGAGCUAAGAAUAGGUAACAGGCUAGGACUAGGUAACAGGCUAGGAGCUAGGACUAGGUAACAGGUACGGAGAUAGGUAACAGGCUAGGAGCUAGGACUGGGUAACAUGCUAGGAACUAAGACUAGGUAACAGACUAGAAGCUAAGACUAGUUAACAGGCUAGGAGCAAG